CGCGGCCUCGGCACGAGCUUUGGUCGUUGGUCGGCCCACUAAUUAAUUACACAGCUAAUUUAGAUUAACCUUUCGGCUUAGUGUAAAUUAAAUCUCGUCGAAUCGUGUAAUGUUUAAGCGAAGACCGAGGAUUAAAAAAUCAUCUCCAUGUACGAGAACCUCUCCAUGUCAUGGCUUUUCAUGUCGCGGAGAGACGUGAAAUUGCCUGAUACAAUAACCGAUGGCUCGGAUUAAAGCCCGCUGAUUAAAUUACUGACCGCUAAAUUAAACAAAAACUGGACGAAAUUAAAGGUUUUGAGUUUUUGAUGUUACGAUAUUCGAUCGAGGUGUUUGUGCAUCGCACGAGCGGAGCUCGGAUUUCGUGAUAUUGUCGAGAUUGAUCCGGUUGGUCGUUGGGUCGAUCGAUCAGGAGAGAGGCGGAGUGAGAUUUUCGGGAAAGAGAAGGAGGGGUGAGUGAUGCAUGGCAGGAAGCGAAUUCCGAUCGGCCAGGCGGCCGACAAGGGCAAGGAUCAGACGAAGACGAACAAUUUGAAAAAAUUGCUGUCGGAUUUUCUCCGGAAUCAUCACGAGAGAUGUUACUCGAAAGAGGCGUUGAAGCAGAAUGCGCAGCUGCUGGAGCUCAACCCUGAGGUUUACACGGCCUGGAAUUACAGGAAGCUCGCUGUGCGGCAUCUCUUCGAGUCUGAGAUCGACGAAGCUGCACGAAAACUUAUUCUCGAUGAGGAGCUUCAGCUGGUGGAGCGAGCGCUGCAAUCCAACGUCAAAUCUUACGGAGCUUGGCACCACCGUAAAUGGGUCAUUGAUUUUGGAUUGUCAUCUUUGGACCAUGAAUUUAUGCUGCUGAAGAUGCUUCUGAAGGCUGACUGCAGAAAUUUUCACGGAUGGAAUUACAGAAGGUUCUGCGUAGAGAUGAAAGGCAUGACUCCAGAGAAGGAGCUGGAGUAUGCAACUGAGAAAAUCAAUGAGAACUUCAGUAAUUACUCCGCUUGGCACUAUCGCAGUAAACUUCUAUCACCUCUGAUAAAAGGUAAAGAGAACAAGGAGGAUGUCUUGAACGAAGAAUAUAGGCUUGUGAAUCAAGCCUAUUUCACAGAACCAGAUGAUCAAUCUGCUUGGUUUUACAACACAUGGCUUCUGGGGGAGACGAAGAUAGAGUCCGGGCCACAUGUAGUAGGGUCGUGGCCAGAAGAUGGCUCUUCAAUUUCUGUCGAUGCUCAGGAAGGCUCUUCAUUUGUGGCUGUUAACUUCAGGACUCCUUUGGAUUCUGAGCACAGGUUUGAGUCUCGUACUUUGACUCUCGUAAUUUACUUCAAUGAGGAAUUUUCCGACGUAGCUGCCACAAUAAGAUCUAAGCCAGAAUUGCCACAUUUGAGUGAGGUACAGUGGAGGUCAGUCUCUGGUACAGAGGCGCCUUCAAGGGCAUGGCUAGCAGACAUCCCCGUACAGUCCUUCGCGGAAACAGAGUACACUUUUUUUGUGGAAGUGUCGUCUCCUAAGGAAUGUCAAAAUACACCAAUCAGUUUCAAGUUAAAAUAUACAAAGCGUGGCACAAGCGAAGUGUCCAGAGAUCAAAACUCGAGAAGCGAGUGUUAUUCCUGGCCAAGUAAAAAGUCAUCAUCAGAUGAGUCUCAAGUAGGGAUGAGGCUUGAACUUGAGCGGUUGACCGUUGAUCCAUCGUCUGCUGAACCUGGCUCCAUCAAACAAGAUCCUACAAGAUAUUUAAGGCGAGACAACUGGCAGGAAACAGUUUUGGAGGAGCAAGUUGAUAUUCUGCGUGAGCUCCUUGAACUGGAAGAAAACAGCAAAUGGACGCUUUUAACGCUUGCUCGAGUUUUAGCAGCACAUGGUGCCUCCCGGUAUACGGAUGAAGUUUUGAAGUUGUACAAACGCUUGCCAGACAUCGACCCAGACCAUGCAGAGUAUUACAAGGCUCAGUACAGCAUCCUGUACGUUGAUAAGAUAACUAGAAGUCCAGAUAUUUUGCAAAAACUCUGGUGGGACGUGGAAGACCGGUUGUCAGCUGGUUGGCUUCGGUGGAAUGGACUUUCUUUGAGCGACUUUAGAUCUGUAGAGAGACUACUCUGGGUGCAGAGACUCGAUUUAAGUCAUAAUCAGCUGCGCACCGUUGAUGGUCUGGAAGCGAUGCAAUUACUGGUUGCAUUGGAUGUAAGCCACAACAAGUUACCGAAUAUAACAUCCCUCGCGUCUUUAAGGCUGAUUCCUAGUCUUCAAUAUCUCAACAUCUCCCAGAAUGAAAUUGGGGAUCAUCAAGUAGACGCCACGAGGUACUCGUUCCCCUCCGUUCUCACAAAUCAGAUGUGUUUCUCUUCACUUUCGAAAGGAAAUGUGAACGCUGAGCGCAGUUGGGAGUUACAAGCUGUAUUUGGAGGUAUGAACUUGAAAGUUUUGGAUAUUGCCGGCAAUUCUGUUGCCAGUGACGAGAUAUUUAGAGAAACGAUUGUGAGAGCACUUCCACAAUUGGAACUUUUGGACGGGGAACAAGUGAAACGUUAGGUGCGUUCAAUUUUUGUUGCCGGUGUGGAGAUCUUGUCAUUUGUAGGUUUCAGUACAUUAUGUUUCAGCCUUGUAAUUAUUCAGCCUCCUCGGUCGACCUUAGGCUGGACACAUGUUCUUUGACGUUAUGAACAGAAUAUAAAGCAAGAGUCUAUUCUCUUUCAUGCAAAUGGUUCCAUUACUGGCAUAGCU